GGAGCAAACUACUGCACUGCCGUCUCCUUGUGAGUGGGACUGGGAGCACAGCUGUAAACCAAGCCCAAAGCACCUCGCAGGAAAUAGACAGAGGCUGCCCCAAAUCGUCAUUCCUCACAAGGCCCCAGGCAUGGAAGAGCUGAUAUGGGAACAGUACACUGUGACCUUACAAAAGGAUUCAAAACGAGGAUUUGGGAUUGCGGUUUCUGGUGGCAGAGAUAACCCACAUUUUGAAAAUGGUGAAACAUCUAUUGUCAUUUCAGAUGUACUGCCAGGUGGCCCAGCAGACGGGUUACUUCAAGAAAAUGAUCGGGUGGUCAUUGUUAAUGGGACCCCAAUGGAAAAUGUUCAACAUUCUUUUGCAGUCCAACAGCUUAGAAAAAGUGGAAAAGUGGCCACCAUUGUAGUGAAAAGACCCCGCAAGGUCCAGGCUGCUGUUUUGAGGAGAAGCCCCUCGCUUGACUACGAGGACAGGGCUUUAGAUGUCAUGGAUGAUCACGCAGAGUUCGACGGCAGAAGCGGCUACAGCGACAGGAGCUGGCACAGCGGUAACGGGGGGCGCAGCCAGAGCUGGGGAAACAACCUUGACCAGAGCUACAGGGCCGAUGAGGAGCGGGGGCGCAACCGCAGCAGGGAGCGCAGCUACAGCCGGGAUGGGAGCCGCGGCAGGAGCAUCGACAGGGACGGCGGCUACGAACGGGGCUACCGAGGGGACUACAGCCCGCCCCGUUACGGCCACGGGUCUCACGCUGACGCGAGGUACAGGAGGGAAGCAAGGAGCCGGAGCCGGGACAGGCUCUAUUCCCGAAGCCCUUCCCCGGAAACGCGGCACCAGCAUGAGUACCUAGGAGCUCAGGAUCAGGAGGGACCCGUCAGUGUUCUGUUAACAAAAGGCAAACAUAGUGAAGAAUAUGGUCUGCGGCUUGGAAGUCAGAUCUUCAUAAAAGAAAUGACCAAUACUGGGCUAGCAACCAAAGAUGGCAACCUUCAUGAAGGGGAUAUCAUUCUCAAGAUCAAUGGUACAGUGACUGAGAACAUGUCUUUAGCUGAUGCCCGAAAAUUGAUUGAGAAGUCACGUGGGAAACUCCAGCUGGUUGUCCUCAGGGACAGGAAGCAGACGCUGCUCAACAUUCCUUCCCUGAAUGACAGUGACUCAGAAAUGGAUGAUAUUUCUGAAAUAGAGUCAAACCGAUCAUUCUCCCCUCAAGAUGACAGAUUACAUCACUCUGAUCUAGACUCACAUUCUUCCAAUGAAAAGCUAAAAGAAAAGCCAAGUGCAAAAGAUGAUCCAUCCAGUAGGAUGUCGAGAAUGGGAGCAAUGCCUACACCAUUUAAAUCAACCAGUGACAUAACUACUAACACUGCCACAGUUGCAGACAUAAGCAAAGAACCAAAAUACCAGGAUGAUGCACCAGUGUCUCAACCAAAACCGGCUGCAAGAACGAUUCUUAAGCCCAGUCCUGAGGAUGAAGCAAUAUAUGGUCCUAAUACGAAGAUGGUGAAAUUCAAGAAAGGGGACAGUGUAGGUCUGCGACUGGCUGGUGGAAAUGACGUGGGGAUAUUUAUUGCUGGAAUCCAGGAAGGCACUUCAGCUGAUGAGGAAGGAUUGCAGGAAGGAGACCAGAUUCUUAAGGUGAACACUCAAGACUUCAGAGGCAUCGUUCGGGAAGAUGCUGUUUUGUACCUGUUGGAAAUUCCCAAAGGUGAAACAGUGACCAUACUGGCGCAGAGCAAAUACGAAGUCUACAGAGACAUCAUGGCCUGUGGCAGAGGAGAUUCAUUCUUCAUCAGGAGCCACUUUGAGUGUGAAAAAGAGUCACCGCAGAGCUUAGCAUUCACCAGAGGGGAGAUCUUCAGAGUAGUUGAUACACUGUAUGAUGGCAAACUGGGAAACUGGCUGGCAGUGAGAAUUGGAAAUGAACUGGAAAAAGGUCUCAUUCCAAAUAAGAGCAGAGCUGAGCAGAUGGCUAGUGUUCAGAAUGCCCAGAAGGAUGGCUCAAGUGACAGGGCAGACUUCUGGAGAACACGUGGCCAACGAUCUGGAGUGAAGAAGAAUCUGAGGAAGAGUCGUGAAGACCUGACAGCUAUUGCAUCUGUGAGCACAAAGUUCCCAGCUUAUGAGAGAGUUCAGCUGCGUGAGGCUGGUUUUAAGAGACCUGUCGUGAUAUUUGGCCCUAUUGCAGACGUAGCUAUGGAAAAGUUGUCAAACGACUUGCCUCACCUGUACCAAACAGCAAAGACAGAACCCAGAGAUGCAGGUUCAGAGAAGUCGACUGGAGUUGUGCGCUUAAACACCGUGAGGCAAAUCAUUGAGCAGGAUAAACAUGCCCUGUUGGAUGUGACUCCUAAAGCAGUGGAUCUGCUAAACUACACCCAAUGGUUUCCAAUUGUAGUCUUCUUUAACCCAGACAGCAAGCAGGGUGUGAAAACCAUGAGACAAAGGCUUUGUUCCACAUCCAACAAGAGCUCCAGAAAGCUUUAUGAGCAAGCAAACAAGCUGAAGAAAACUUGUUCCCACCUCUUUACAGCCACCAUCAAUUUGAACUCAGCCAAUGAUAGCUGGUAUGGCAGUCUGAAAGACACAAUUCAGCAACAGCAAGGUGAAACAGUAUGGGUAUCAGAAGGGAAGAUGGACGGUAUGGAAGAUGAUGCUGAUGAUCGCAUGUCUUACCUUACUGCAAUGGGUGCUGACUAUUUGAGCUGUGACAGCAGACUGAUCAGUGACCUAGAAGAUACAGAUGGAGAAGGAGGUGCAUACACUGACAAUGAGCUUGAUGAGCCCUUGGACGAGCCACGGAUUUCAUCUGUUAGCCGAUCCUCCGAGCCCGUGCAUCACGAGGAGAGUUUAAAGAAAUCUAGCCCAGAACCAAGAGCUCAGAUGAGAAAGGCUGGUAGCAGGGAGAUUCUCAGAGAUCCUAGUCCACCUCCAGCAUUCAAGCCUGAACCACCUAAGGGGAAAUUGCAAAGCAAAGAGGAUCUGUAUGAUUUUCCCAAGAGCUAUGAUUCCAAACCAAGCAGCAUGGCUGUCAGCAGUGAGGCUCCAGCUGUAGCCACUAAGCCGGUACCGCCGCCUGUUUCUACGAAACCUGUCUUUGGGCGUCCUGUCAUGAGAAACUCUCAGCCAGCAGCCCCAGCCAGUGAGGAGGAGGAGGAGAAGUUGGAAGAGGAAGGAAGCGAACAAGAGAACACUCCAAAAUCUGUGCUGAGGAAAGUCAAAAUAUUUGAGGAGAUGGAUCAUAAGGCAAGGAUUCAAAGAAUGCAGGAGCUACAGGAGGCCCAGAAUGCCAGGCUUGAAAUAGCCCAGAAGCACCCGGAUAUUUAUGCUGUCCCUGUCAAAACGCAGAAGUCAGACCAGAACUGGCCCCAGCCUGUAAGCUCCAGAGCUCCGGAACCGCAGAAACCCCCCGGCAGAGCCUAG